AUGGCUUCCGAUCCCAUGGAGCUCACGAUAGAGCCCAUCGUGGAUCUCACUAUGCAGCUAGUCGAGUUCAAAACGGGCAGCCAUAAUGACGGCAGCCUGUCGUCGUCGUCUGCCGCACCCCAGCCCAAGCGGUCUUGCCUCAAGAACAAAUCGACCGACCCCGACCAGAAAUACACUGGCAGUGAUUCCCCUGGCUACUUUUUCCAGGGCUCCUUGGAGCAGGAACUCGGCUACUUGCAAAAGUACUUUCGCAAAUGUCGCCACAUAGCACAGAUGGUGGCGUACAUCGAUCGAGUACGUGCAGAGGACGCCGAUGCCGAACUUGCCAGGACGGAUCAAAGCAACGGUAAAGACACGGACGUUCCCACGGGCAACCACAUCAUCACAAAGCCCACCGUUCAUUUCUCGGAGCCGCUGGAGAUGACAUACUACUGCUUCGAGCCUGAGGAGGCCAUGACCGAGUAUCCUGGCUACGUGACGUCCAACCGGCGCGCGUGGGCUGAGGUCUCGUUUGAGCCAGGCAAUGAGAUCAAGUUGGAUCGGUUCCGGAUGUGGUAUCGUUGUCGUAGGCGGAGGAAUGGCAUGUUCUAUUAUGGUUAG